CGAACCGCCGAUCCUCUGAUUGAAGGACGGCCCUGCUCUCCACUUAGCCACAGUCGCCGACAGCAGAUGAACGACUACAUAUUGAUUCUUAGUCGUGCGGUUUAAAAUAGUCUGUUAAACCAAGUCCUCCCUAUGACGUCAAUAAUUAUCACAAUAACAGAAGCUCAACUCACGAUGUCUCAGAAGUAUGAAUCUAAAAGGACAAUCGGCAAAUUGUCUUCAGCAGAAGGAUCAUUUGUGUUUUAUGAAAUAUUAUCGUCAGUCUGCAUGUUUCCUCUUGUUGGUUCAGUCCUGUACAGUCCACAUGACCUGGUUCUGGUUCUGGGUCCCCUGCAGGUCUGUGCUGGUGCUGCUGGAGAUGAGUGGAGCCGCUCUGGGCAUUGAGAUCGUGGUGGUGUUCUUCCUGGCGCUGUUCCUGCUGCACCGGUAUGGAGACUUCAGGAAGCAGCAGCGCAUGGUUCUGUUCGGCACGCUGCUGGCCUGGUACCUGUGCUUCCUCAUCGUCUUCAUCUUACCUCUGGACGUCAGCACGACCAUCUACAAGCAGUGUAAGCUCGACCACGAGGACCACGCCCCCACCCUCAGCCCCUCUCCAGCCAAUCACACGCCGGCUAACGCCUCUGCCACGCCCACCAAGAGGAGCGUAUUAAAGCCGUGCUACAAGCCGUGGAGCUACAUCCCAGAUGGCAUCAUGCCCGUGUUCUGGAGGGUGGUGUACUGGACGUCCCAGUGUCUCACGUGGCUGCUGCUGCCCUUCAUGCAGUCCUACGCUCGCUCCGGAGGGUUCUCCAUCACCGGGAAGAUAAAAACGGCUCUGAUAGAGAACGCCAUCUACUACGGGACAUACCUGCUGAUCUUCGGCUCGCUGCUCAUCUACGUGGCCGUUCAUCCUGAGUGGCACCUGUCAUGGUACGAGCUGCAGACCAUCGGCAUCACGGCGGCCAACACCUGGGGCCUGUUCCUGCUGGUGCUGCUGCUGGGCUAUGGUCUGGUGGAGAUCCCCCGGUCCUACUGGAACGCCUCACGCCACGGACACCUGCUCAUCAAGACCUACUUCAAGGCCUCCAAGCUGAUGACGGAGAAGGCGGACGCAGAGGAGAACCUGGAGGACGUCAUGGAGGAGGUGAGAAAAGUCAGUGAGUCCAUCAAGUACAACCAUCCACUGAGGAAGUACAUCGAUACGAUUCUCAGAAAGUGUCCGGUGGACUACCAGGAGAAGAUGGGCAGGAACAUGGACGACUACGAGGACUUUGACGACAAACAGAACGCGUAUCCCAGUGAGAAGAGUCUGGUGAAGCUCCACAAACAGGUGAUCUAUGCGGUCCAGAGACACAACAGGACUCGGGUCCAGUGGCAGAUCCUCCUGCAGCAGGCCAUCCACCUGGAGGACGUGGCCAAGAACGAGACCAGUACGACCCACCAGUUCGUCCACAGCUUCCCGUCCUCUGAGCCGGCCGGCUGGUUCAGCACAUACGUGUACACAUCGACUGUAGAGUGGUUCUGGGAGUGCCUCCUGAAGGUCUGGUUCUACCGGCUCCUGUCUGUGGUCCUGACCCUGUUCAGCGUGGCCGUGGUCUGGUCUGAGUGCACCUUCUUCAGCACGAGACCCGUCCUCUCUCUGUUCGCCGUGUUCAUCCAGCUGGCUGAGAGAGACUACAACUACCUGUACAUAGAGGUGAGACUACAACUACCUGUACAUAGAGGUGAGACUACAACUACCUGUACAUAGAGGUGNGACUACAACUACCUGUACAUAGAGGUGGGACUACAACUACCUGUACAUAGAGGUGGGACUACAACUAGCUGUACAUAGAGGUGGGACUACAACUAGCUGUACAUAGAGGUGAGACUACAACUACCUGUACAUAGAGAGGCCUCUUCAUCACUCUUCAUCUCUGGACUCACUGGUCCGAUCCCAGUCACACUCAUGAGGGUUUAGUUCUGUCCUUCUGUUAAAUCUUCCAGAGUUUAGGUCUCUCAGACGUUUUGAGUCCUUUAUGAACUCUCCCCAUAAGUCAGCAUUAGAUGCAGACUUUACUUGAGGGAAUUACCCACAAUUCAUAGCAAUGUGACG